GCGCAGCUCAGAAUCCGCGAGACCGUGCCCAGCUACGCGCGCGCACGCUCACGACUCGACACGAACGACUCUCGCGAUCAUUCCAAUACAUGGCAAUUGUUUGACUAUUAUGUGAUAAUUUCGCUGUAGAACACGUAUUUAAAACAUAUUUAAUCGUUAUUUAAGAAUCUCAUAUUUAUUAAGAACUUAGUUCGGUAAUUUAAGUGCUUCAAAAUGACAAUUAAAAAUAAAAAGACUAAGCAAUCGAAAUCAACUGAAGUGACGUCGAGUAGUGCUUCGACUAGUGUACAGAAGAGCAGCACUUCCACUUCCGUCCAACAGAGCAGCAACACCUUGCAGAAGGUCAGCUCCGGUAAGAAGGUGCGCUAUAUCGAGGUAAAGGUCGAGGAAGAUGACCCGCUUAUGAUAACUGAUGUAACCGAUCAUGCUUCGAUAAGCGGCUCUACUAUAUCCGAGCACUACAAUAGCCACCCACAUUAUAUUAUUACUGAAGCUCCAUCUAUGACUGAUUUGUCUCAAACACGAUCGCAAGAACAUCACGUAAGUGACAUGUCUCAAUCAAACACUGGUGAGUUCGUAUCGUCAUCUGUUUUACAAGAAUCGUCAUCGUCCUCGCACCACCAGAGUUCUAAGAGCGAGGAGUUUCAAUCAACCUCACAGUCGAUUCACCACUCAGGUUCCAACCAUAGUCAAUCAUUUGACAGAACUAUGGAUUCAAAUGCUGCCAACAAGACUCUUGAUACAGCAUUUAUUGAAAAAUCUACCACAAAUGUUGCUCAUGUGAAUCCCGGAUUUGUAUCAAGGUCCGAUAAAGCUAAUGUGACGAAUGCCUUCUUACAAUCGGAACGCCAGGACACAACAAGUACACAGUCAUCUGUGAAUGCUAAUACGACGAAGAAGUUGAUCAACGGUAAAAUAGUCAAUGUUAAAGAUACCAAGAAACGCGAGAAAGUAGCUUAUCAAAACUCCCCAGAACCUUCAAAUCGGAUCCAAACUGUAAAAUCAGAUACAGCCAACUUUUAUGGAGGCGAAGGAAAUCUUGACAAAAACAUCAAAACUAAAGAAUACUCUAGCACUUCCAAAUCGAGUGAAAUGAAGAGCAGCAGUGUUACAAAAUCAUCGUCAUCAUCAUAUGUUGUUGAAAUAGUAGACGGAAAGGAAAGAGUAAUUGACAAUUCUAAGAGAGAAUGGGGAAAUGCUCAAGAACAAGCUUCAAAGGAAUCCUACGCUAGCGUUAGUGGAUCAAAUAUUAAACCCCAAACUGUUCAUAGUCAAGAAAAUUACGACAUGAAAUCUAAAUAUGAUACUGGAAAAGACGGCAUAAAACCCACAAGUGAAAUUACAAUCAAAGAAGAUUCUAAACUUAUCAAAGAUGGAAGUAAUAUAACCAGUCAUCAGAGUAUCACUUCGGAGAAAAAUAAUGUUAAUAUGCAACAAAUUAAUUCUUCUCAAGAUCAACUCCCAUCUGAGCACCCACAUUCAAUUGUUACUUCAAAAGAUUCAAAUAUCUUCAAAAGUAAUAUUGUAAGCGAUAAAGAAUUGAUUGAAAGUGAAAUGAAGUCUAAAAAGACAUUUUCAGAGAAAAAUAUUAAUAAAAAACAAGAAUUAAAGUCAAAUCAAGAUCAACGUACACCUCAAGAUCAAUAUUCAAACAUUACUUCGAAAGACUUUAGUACUGAAAAAAAUACUCAUGAUAGCGUCAAAAAUGUGACAUCAAGUAAACGAAUUGUCGAUGACAGAAGACAAAAUAUAAACACAACCGAUUCAUCAAACUUCUAUGGAUAUGAUUCUACUAUAAAGAAUGAAUUAAAAAAGGUGGGCGAUAUGUUACAACUUCCUAAUACAGAUAAUGUAAAUUUUUCUACAAAAAUAUUAAAAAGUAACACUAGCAGUGCACAGCAGGCUUCAACUUCAUCUUAUGUUUUUGAAAUUGUAGAUGGAGAACAAAAAAUUGUUGAUAGUUCUCACAGAGAGUGGGGUGAUAGUAAAGAUCUUUCAACUUACGAAAAAAGUCACAAUGUUAGUGGUACUGGUAUUAAACCCCAGCAUGAAUAUUCCCGUCACAUUCUAGAUAAAGAAUCUCAUUAUGAUACUGGAAAAAAUGGCGUGCCAACAAGCUCUACACAGUUAACAGAAGAAUCUGUUUUAUAUAAAGAUGGCAAAGAAAUUGCGUCAACAAGAAAUGUUUAUGAAGGAGACUUUACAAAGAAAAAGGCAAUUACAGAGCAGGAUACAUCUGUAAAUAGAACUCUUGAUUAUACUACAACAGUUAAUUCAGCGACUGAUAUACAAUCAAGUUCAAAAAAUAUUAGCGACGUGACAACAAACACCGAUUUUUUGGUGACUGAAAAGAAAAAUUUAGAAAAGCAAACCCAGAGCUCUACUUCAACUUCUCAGACAAAAGAUACCUUAACAACGUACGAAAGAAGCACUGGCGCUUGGAACGGAAAGUUUAUUUAUGAAACCGAUGAGGGUCGACCUAAAAAACCUACAAAAGUUUCACCGUUUGGAAAACCAGAACAACCGAGACACCAUUUGAAACGUCAGGAUACUGAAGAAAAUAUAAUAUUAUCAUCUCGUGAUAUAAAGGAUUUUACGUCCAUCAGUGAUCUUCGUAAAAUUAUAGAAACAUCACAGUACAAGAAAGACGUCAAAGUAAGUGAUAAAAAUAUAGUCAUCAGUAGAAACAUUGAUGAUCGUGUACUGAAAGAAAUUAUCGACACCGUGAAAAAAUAUCCCUUUAAAAGAAUAGAAAAAGUAACAUUUGGAACAAAAAUUAAUGAAGAUGUUAAGGAUCUCUAUGAAGGUAUAGAUACUGAAGAAACUACUGUUUUAACGACUACUAGUGGAGAUAUAACGAAGAAAUCAUUUGAAGUAGAAAAGAAUAGAAGCCAAAUCGAAGUUACUCGUUAUAUAACUGAAAAUGGUAUAACCAGGAAAGAAACAACGUUUGAAGAUGCAAAAGAAGAUGAGAAAGUCAGAACUAAUGUUUUCGUCGAUAAGAGUGCGUUAGACUUCAAAAACUCGACCGAUGUCCACUCGACGAAAUAUGACGAAAUUCGAGAAUACGACGUGGUAGACCAUGCUAUUACCGAUACUCGAGAAGAUAAAUCCGUCCGCACCGUCUACGAUGAGACUAUCAUCGAUGAUAGAAGAUCUGUGCGGGACGACAAGACAACAACUGAAAAGACCGUCAUCAUAGAUGAGAGAAGACCUAAACAUGGCGGCCCCAAGAAACCAGAAAAGACGGUUAUCACAGAACAAUGCAUUUGCGAAAUCUGCACUUGUGGGCGUCACCGCUGCCCACACAACGAUGUCCCGGAGCCAUUGUUCGAUGUGGAGCACACUACGAGCGUGGUCUCCGCAUACAAACAAGAUUACGACGAAAAACAUGUGAGCCGUACCACCGCCGUUCACCACGAAGAUCAUUUACGCCUCGAGGGAGACUUCCAAGAGCCACAGCGUCCUCAUUGGCAACCUGCGGAACGACCGAAGCCCCAAAAACCCGAAGACAACCUUAAACCUGAAGGUGACUUCGAAAGACGGCGACCCGAGGAGUGGCGGCCUGGUGAGAGGGCACCCGUUAAAAAACCCGAAGACAAUUUAAAGCCCGAAGGUAACUUUGAAAAACGACGUCCGGAAGAAUGGCGACCAGGUGAUAGAGCUCCUGUCAAGAGACCAGAAGAUAACUUGAAACCGGAAGGUGACUUUGAAAAAAGAAAACCUGACGAAUGGCGUCCAGGCGAUCGCGCACCUGUUCGAAGACCUGAUGAUAAUUUGAGACCAGAAGGUGAAUUCACAACCCCCGAAAAAGAGCCAUGGAGACCCGCGGAAAGACAGAAACCGAAGAAACCUGAUGAUAAUCUUAGACCUGAAGGCGAUUUUGAGAAACGUCGGCCUGAAGAAUGGCGACCAGGUGACAGAGCUCCGGUUAAACGACCAGAAGAUAAUUUGAAACCGGAAGGUGAGUUUGAAAAACGUCAACCAGAAGACUGGCGUCCAGGCGAUCGAGCUCCCGUUCGCCGACCAGAAGAUAACCUGCGACCAGAAGGUGAAUUUGAAAAAAGGCGCCCCGAAGAAUGGCGCCCUGGAGAUAGAGCACCAGUACGCCGACCUGAUGAUAAUCUGAAACCUGAAGGAGAAUUCACUGCGCCAGAUAAAGAACCCUGGCGUCCAGCUGAGAGGUCAAAACCUGUUAAACCUGAGGAUAAUUUAAGACCUGAAGGCGACUUUGAAAAACGUCGUCCGGAAGAGUGGCGUCCUGGCGAUAGAGCUCCUGUUCAUAAGCCAGAGGACAAUCUUAAACCAGAGGGAGAUUUUGAAAAGCGUCACCCUGAGAAAUGGCGUCCAAGCGAUAGACCAAAAGCUAUUAAACCUGAGGAUAAUUUAAGGCCUGAAGGUGACUUUGAGAAAAGAAAACCUGAAGAUUGGCGUCCAGGGGAAAGAGCUCCAGUUCGCCGUCCGGAAGAUAACCUAAGGCCCGAAGGUGACUUUGAAAAGAGAAAACCUGAUGAAUGGCAACCCGGAGACAGAGCACCAGUUAAACGUCCUGAAGAUAAUUUGAAGCCAGAAGGAGAGUUCACAACGCCUGAAAAAGAAAAAUGGAGACCCGCAGAACGACCUAAACAGAAGAAACCAGAAGAUAAUCUUAAACCAGAAGGGGACUUUGAAGUAAGAAAACCAGAGAAAUGGCAACCGGGAGAACGUGAGCCAGUAAAACGUCCUGAAGAUAAUUUGAAGCCAGAAGGAGAUUUCACAACGCCUGAAAAAGAAAAAUGGAGACCCGCUGAACGGCCUAAACAGAAGAAACCAGAAGAUAAUCUUAAACCAGAAGGGGACUUUGAAGUAAGAAAACCAGAGAAAUGGCAACCAGGAGAACGUGAGCCAGUAAAACGACCUGAGGAUAAUUUGAAACCCGAAGGUGACUUUACAACUCCAGAAAAGGAAAAAUGGACACCUGCUGAACGCCCAAAACAGAAAAAACCAGAAGAUAAUUUAAAACCAGAGGGAGAAUUUGCUAAAAGGAAACCUGACGAAUUUGUUCCAGCCGAGAAAGCCGUAGUGAAAAAACCAGAAGAUAAUUUACGUCCUGAAGGCGAGUUUACUACUACAAGAAGUAUAACGCAAGACUAUAAAGUUGUGACAGGUGAACGAGCAGAAAUUGUUCGACAUGUGGAUAACAUCGUCACAGAAGGCGAAUUCAUAGAUACAACAACGUCACGGUCAGAGUACACGAUCAAACCCGUAGAACGACCUAAAGCAGUCCGCAGAAAUACGUGGACGAAAAUAGAAGGUGAUAUGAUAACAGAUACGACAAACAAAUCGGAAUUUAUCGAUUACACCGAUAUCGUCGAAAGAACAACAUUGGUUACUAAAAGAACAGACAAUAUUAUUCAUGAGGGUGAAAUAGAGUUUGUUACAUCGAAUCAGCAAGAAUAUACUGAAAAGGUAUCACCAGUUGAACGCCCUCAAAGACGUCGUACAUGGACAAAGGAAGAUUUCGAAAAGUUUUAUUCUACUGAAGAUUUACAGAAGGUGACGACCUCCCAAGAAGAAUACAGGACCUAUGAAGAAACUGAUAUAAGGCAACAACAAAUUGUCAGAAAGGACAAUUUACACAUGGAAGGUACAUUCGAGAGUCACACAGUUUCGCACGAUGCAUUUCAACCCAAACUCACUGAAAGACCGAAGCAAAAGAAGCCUAUUGAUAAUCUAAAACCAGAAGGUGAUUUCGAGAAACCUAAGCACGAAGAAUGGCGGCCAGCUGAAAGAGAGACUCCGAAAAAACCGAUAGACAAUUUGAAACCGGAGGGAGAAUUUGAAAAGCCAAAACACGAGGAAUGGCGUCCGGCAGAGAGACAAACACCUAAAAAACCACAAGAUAAUUUAAAACCAGAGGGCGACUUUGAAUCUCCUAUACCAGAAAAAUGGCGUCCUGCAGAGCGUCCUGUACAAAAGAAACCUCAGGAUAACCUUCGACCUGAAGGUAAAUUUGAACAGCCCAAACACGAAGAAUGGCGUCCCGCUGAUCGACCAGAGGCUAAAAAGCCCAAAGAUAAUCUUAAACCAGAAGGCGAAUUCGAAAAACCAAAACAUGACGAAUGGCGUCCAGCUGAAAGACAAACUCCAAAGAAGCCACAGGAUAAUUUAAGACCGGAAGGUGAAUUUGAACAACCGAAACAUGAAGAAUGGCGUCCUGCUGAACGACCAGUGCAAAUAAGACCACAAGAUAACCUUAAGCCUGAAGGCGAGUUUGAACAACCUAAAUUUGAUGAGUGGCGUGCAGCUGAGAGGCAAAUGCCUCGAAAGCCAAAAGACAAUUUAAAACCGGAGGGUGAAUUUGAACAACCUAAAUACGAGGAAUGGCGACCAGCAGAGAGACAAAUACCCAAAAAACCGCAGGAUAAUCUCAAACCAGAAGGCGAUUUCCAACAACCUAAACUUGAUGAGUGGCGUCCGGCUGAACGCCCGGUUCAAAAACGACCAAAAGAUAACCUGAAACCUGAGGGUGAAUUUGAACAACCAAAACAUGACGAAUGGCGUCCAGCGGAACGUCAAACGCCUAAAAAGCCACAAGACAACUUAAGACCAGAAGGUGAUUUCGAAUCUCCCAAACCUGAACAAUGGCGACCAGCCGAGCGACCUGUCCAAAAGAAACCACAAGAUAAUCUUAAACCAGAAGGGGAAUUUGAACAUCCUAAACAUGAGGAAUGGCGACCUGCUGAACGACCCGAAGCCAAAAAACCAAAAGAUAAUUUGAAACCUGAAGGAGAGUUUGAAAAACCAAAACAUGAUGAAUGGCGUCCAGCAGAAAGACAAACGCCAAAGAAACCGCAAGAUAAUCUCAAACCUGAGGGUGAUUUUGAACAGCCAAAACAAGAUGAAUGGAGACCUGCUGAGCGACCAGUUCAGAAAAAACCUAAAGACAACCUUAAACCUGAAGGUGAAUUUGAGCAACCAAAACAGGAUGAAUGGCGUCCUGCUGAACGUCAAACACCACGAAAACCUAAAGAUAAUCUUAAACCUGAAGGAGAAUUUGAACAACCUAAACAUGACGAAUGGCGUCCUGCUGAACGUCAAACACCUAUCAAGCCUCAAGAUAACCUAAGGCCUGAGGGUGACUUUGAACAGCCUAAACAAGAUGAAUGGCGACCUGCUGAACGUCAAUCGCCUAAAAAGCCACUUGAUAAUUUGAGACCUGAGGGUGAAUUUGAACAGCCAAAACAUGACGAAUGGCGUCCUGCUGAGCGUCAAACACCUAAGAAGCCACAGGAUAACUUAAGACCAGAGGGGGACUUUGAAACUCCUAAACCUGAAAAAUGGCGACCUGCUGAACGCCCGGUUCAAAUAAGACCCCAAGAUAAUCUUAAACCUGAGGGUGAAUUUGAACAGCCAAAACAUGACGAAUGGCGUCCUGCUGAGCGUCAAACACCUAAGAAGCCACAGGAUAACUUAAGACCAGAAGGCGACUUUGAACAGCCAAAACAUGACGAAUGGCGUCCUGCUGAGCGUCAAACACCUAAGAAGCCACAGGAUAACUUAAGACCAGAAGGCGACUUUGAACAGCCAAAACAUGACGAAUGGCGUCCUGCUGAGCGUCAAACACCUAAGAAGCCACAGGAUAACUUAAGACCAGAGGGGGACUUUGAAACUCCUAAACCUGAAAAAUGGCGACCUGCUGAACGCCCGGUUCAAAUAAGACCCCAAGAUAAUCUUAAACCUGAGGGUGAAUUUGAACAGCCAAAACAUGACGAAUGGCGUCCUGCUGAGCGUCAAAUACCUAAGAAGCCACAGGAUAACUUAAGACCAGAAGGCGACUUUGAACAGCCAAAACAUGACGAAUGGCGCCCUGCUGAGCGUCAAACACCUAAGAAGCCACAGGAUAACUUAAGACCAGAGGGGAACUUUGAAACUCCUAAACCUGAAAAAUGGCGACCUGCUGAACGCCCGGUUCAAAUAAGACCCCAAGAUAAUCUUAAACCUGAGGGUGAAUUUGAACAGCCAAAACAUGACGAAUGGCGUCCUGCUGAGCGUCAAACACCUAAGAAGCCACAGGAUAACUUAAGACCAGAAGGCGACUUUGAACAGCCUAAACACGAAGACUGGCGUCCUGCUGAGCGACCAGUUCAGAAGAGACCAAAAGACAAUCUUAGGCCUGAAGGUGAAUUUGAACAACCGAAACAUGACGAAUGGCGUCCUGCUGAACGCCAAACGCCCAAGAAACCCCAAGAUAAUCUUAAACCUGAGGGUGAAUUCGAACAGCCAAAACAAGAUGAAUGGAGACCUGCCGAGCGACCAGUUCAGAAGAGACCAAAAGACAAUCUAAAGCCGGAAGGUAAAUUUGAGCAACCAAAACAUGAUGAAUGGCGCCCUGCUGAACGCCAAACGCCCAAGAAGCCUCAAGAUAAUCUUAAACCCGAGGGUGACUUUGAACAACCCAAACACGAAGAAUGGCGUCCAGCCGAAAGACAGACACCACGAAAACCCAAAGAUAAUCUAAAACCUGAAGGAGAAUUCGAGCAGCCUAAACAUGACGAAUGGCGUCCCGCUGAACGUCAAUCACCCAAAAAGCCACAUGAUAAUUUGAAACCUGAAGGCGAUUUUGAAAGUCCUCAACCUGAAAAAUGGCGACCUGCGGAACGUCCCGUUCAAAUUAAGCCCCAAGACAAUCUUAAGCCUGAGGGAGAAUUCGAGCAACCAAAACAUGAUGAAUGGAGACCUGCUGAGCGACCCAUUCAGAAAAGACCCAAAGACAACCUCAAACCUGAAGGUGAAUUUGAGCAACCAAAACACGACGAAUGGCGUCCUGCUGAACGUCAAACUCCUAAAAAACCUCAAGAUAAUCUCAAACCUGAGGGUGAAUUUGAACAGCCAAAACAAGAUGAAUGGAAACCCGCUGAGCGACCAAUUCAAAAGAGACCUAAAGACAAUCUCAAGCCUGAAGGCGAAUUUGAACAACCAAAACAUGACGAGUGGCGUCCCGCUGAACGUCAAACACCCAAAAAGCCACAUGACAAUUUGAGACCUGAAGGUAAUUUUGAAACUCCUAAAACUGAAAAGUGGCAACCUGCAGAACGUCCCGUUCAAAAACGACCGCAAGACAAUCUUAAACCUGAAGGUAAAUUCGAACAACCAAAAUAUGACGAAUGGCGUCCUGCGGAACGACCAGUUCAAAAGAAGCCUAAAGACAACCUUAGACCUGAAGGUGAUUUUGAACAACCUAUGAAUGUUGAAUGGCGCCCAGCUGAGAGACCUGAGGUUAAAAAACCAAAAGAUAAUUUAUAUCCAGAAGGAGAAUUUGAAAAACCAAAACAUGAUGAAUGGCACCCAGCAGAACGUCAAACUCCUAAGAAACCAAAAGAUAACUUACAACCAGAAGGUGAAUUUGAAACGCCUAAACAAGAUAAGUGGAGACCUGCAGAAAGGCCAGAAAUAAUAAAACCACAGGAUAAUCUCAAACCAGAAGGACAUUUCGAAAAACCCGAACCCAAAGAGUGGCAUCCUGUAGAAAGGCAAACGCCUAAGAAACCUCAAGAUAAUCUUAAACCUGAGGGAGAGUUUGAAAAACCAAAACAUGAUGAAUGGCGCCCGGCAGAAAGACAAACACCUAAAAAGCCUCAAGAUAAUUUGAAACCUGAAGGUCAAUUUGAUAGACCGCAAAAACCAAAGCAUGUUUCAGGUGAAAGGCCUCUGCAAAAAAAACCAAAUGACAAUUUAAAGCCUGAGGGUGAUAUGGAAAUAAUAAGACGUACUGACUACACUGCUACAAAAGGUGAUCGUGUUGAUAUAGUAAAACAUGAAGACCAUCUAAAAAUGGAAGGAAAAAUAGAUGUUCAUCGAUCGCGAGAUGAUUACAGACGUAUUGAUAAAGUUGAAAGAGUUGUUAUACAAAAACAUGAGGAUAACUUAAGAACUGAGGGUGAGUUUGUUGAUCUUAAAAUUCGUAAUGAUUAUAGUGCUAUAAAAGGAGAAAGAGCACCUGUUGUAAAACCAAAAGAUAAUUUAAAACCAGAUGGUAAAUUCUACACACCCGAAAUAGUUCCUUCGCAGCCAGCAGAAAAACGCAAACCGUUCAAACAGGUUGAUAAUAUAACAUUAGAAAGAGAAACAGACAUACACCGAAAACAAAAGGUAGAACGAGUGGAUAUUAUAAGAAGAGAAGAUAAUUUGAAAAUAGAAGGGGAGUUCAUUGAUAUGAAACAAAGAAAUGAUUACAGCAUAAUUAGUGGUGAAAGAGCAGCUGUGGUUAAGCAUGAAGAUAAUUUAAAGAUGGAGGGAAGAAUGGAAAAUGUGAGAACAUCCGACACAUACCGUGUAGUUAAAGGACAAAGAGUGAAAUUGACAAGAAGAGAAGACAAUCUCAAAAUCGAAGGAGUGUUUGAAGAUCACAAAAGACGAGAUGAUUAUAAGAUUACGAAAGGUGAACGUUCAGCCAUGGUUUAUCAUACAGAUAAUUUGAAACCAGGACAUUUUGAUCAGCCCGACUUUGAAAAGAGACCAGCCAUUGACAAAAUAGAUGAUAAUGAUCGCUCACCCUUGAAACUGAAGGGUCAAUCAGAUGUUGAAAAAUCAUCCAGGCCCAAAUGGGAAAAACUAGACUUGCAAAGUCGGCCACAAGCGCAAUGGCAACCAGGUGAAACACCCAAACAAGUACGUCCGAAAGAUAACCUACAGCCUGAAGGUGAUUUUGAGAAAAGGUACAAAUCGCAGUGGAAACCGGGUGAAACACCGGAUCAAGUGCGACCAAAGGACAACCUAAACCCAGAAGGUGAUUUCGAAAAGAGGCCUACAACACAGUGGCAGCCGGGAGAAACACCAUCACAAGUACGACCUAAAGAUAAUUUGAAACCUGAAGGUGAUUUUGAUAGGCCUGCAAGGCCCAAAUGGGUUAACGCAGAUCGACCUGAGCAGAUAAAACCAAAAGAUAAUUUGCACCCAGAAGGAGAAUUUACGGACAAGCCAAAAUUGCAGUGGCUGCCUGGAGAAACACCAGCACAAGUUCGUCCAAGAGAUAAUUUAAAACCAGAAGGGGACUUUGAUCGGCCAACAAGACCCAAAUGGCAAACAGGUGAAAGACAAACUCCUAUAAAACCCAAGGACAAUUUACACCCUGAAGGCGAGGUAACUAAACAAAGCCCUACCAAAUGGACCCCAGGUGAUACACCAUCUCAAGUUCGUCCAAAAGACAACUUAAAGCCCGAAGGUGAAUUUGACCGUCCACAAUCUCAAAAUUGGAGCCCAGCCAACAAAAUACAACCAAUUAAACCAAAAGAAAAUUUCAGCAACAAUGGUGAAAUAACACAUGAUGAUACAAAUAUUCGUACCAGUGAGAAAAAACGAAUAAUUGUAGAUGAAACAAACAUAACAGAUAACGAUGACCGAAAAGUUGAGUCUCGCACUACACAAAGAUCCUCUGCCAUUCAACGUGAUGAUGAAUCUCGUAGUGUACAUUCCGAGAACUAUUCGAAGCGUAGUUCACAUACUUCUGAACAAACAACAUCAAAGCAUAUGCAAUCAAGCAAUCAAAUUAAAAGUUCAGUAGUAUCUUCGAGUGAUAUUAAUGCUCGAAGUGACCAGUCUCAAAAAACUACACAAUACGGUGUUAUUAAGAGUCAAUCACCGCAAUCUAAAGAUCGUUCUAUCUCCAGAGAUAUUACAGAUAAGACUAGUGCACAAACAAUUGAUUCAAGAAACUUAAAAUCUUCUUCAUCUACUACGAAAGUUAUGAAACAAAUCACGGAAAAGAAACUAAUAGCUGGCAAAUGGGUAACAGUAACACGAAAUGUAGAAACGAAUGUUAGUGAUAGUAUAAGUCCAAGUCGUACAAAUCAAAAGCAACAUCCGGAUGAUGUUAAUCUAAAACUUAUCUCAUCAGAACAGAAUCGCUCAGGACAAAAACAACGCUUAGAUGACGGCAGUCAAAGAUUUAUAUCAUCCGAACAGAUGGUAACAUCUAGCAGUAAUCAAGAUGUGAACAAUCGUCAACAUAACACGACUUCAACCGAAAGUCACUAUGGGCAUGUUGCUCAUUCUUAUCAAUCAAAACAUAAUACAACACAUCAAUCUGAAAAUAAUACAAAGAGGCAAGUUGGUGUUCAUAAUAUGACAUCAGUGUUAUCAGAUCAUUCUAUAGCCUCAUCAGAUAGUACUAAUACUCAAAGGCGAACUGGAACUACAUCAACAUUAGGAAGCCAACACUCAACUGGAAAUCAAAUCACAAGGAAAGUGGAUGGUGAUUCAUCUCAAAAUAUUAUUUCUUCUAGUAGCCAGGACUUACAUCGUGAAAGUCACUCACAAAGAAAUGUUUCAACCAAUAUUUCUAAAGUAACUCAAGUGGAACAAAACAGCUCAAGGAAUUCUCAACAGUCCCAUACUAUAAACAGAAAUCAACUCAGCGAUAGUGUUACUAAAACUAGCCUAGAAUUUCAGAGAGCUAUGCAUGGCGGUGAUGAUUCUAAUACUAUUAUAGACAAUUCAUAUCGUGUGGGCCAUCAUAAACGGUCGUCAAAUUUAGUAUCAGACGCAUCUUCCACUAAUGCAGUCUUGCAUCGAAAAGGUGUAUCAUCCAAUACCGAGGCCCAACAUUCUAUUAGUUCUACAGCUGCUGCUCAGCGUAAAAGCAUUGGAAAUCUCGGGGAACGUGGGGAAUAUAUCAGUAACUCUACUCACAGUUCUGACAGGAAAAGCAUAAGUUCGAUGCAUCGCUCAGCCAGAGACAAUAUGGGAGUUAUUUCACAGCAUUCUGAUAGUUCAGAUCGGCGCAGUCAGAGUAGGAGAGAUGGUCAGUCAACUUUGGUAGUGGAACGCCAGCCAAGAGUGAAUGCCAGAGAUAAUCUUCGUGUGGGUGGUGACUUCUACGGUCAAUCUGAAGCGCGAUCAUAUGGCAGUUUCUCUCGGUCAGAACAAACACAGAGAGCAGAACGAUCUGAACAUGUGGAGCGAGUGCAAAAAGUUGAGCGAGUAACACGCCAUCACGGAAAUACAUCAACUUUCAUUUUAGGAGAUGGCGCCACCAGUUACAAACGUGAAUUUACAUCUCACGUACACGGCACCUGCCCAGCCACUCUGAUCGAGACCCCUAAAACGCCAUUCAAACAUACGCGAGAUACCAGGGAACACAAGUUCUAUGCCGCUAAAGUGUCUCAAAAGUAAUAUAGCAUAGUUACUUUAAAAUGUUAUCCGCGGAGCUAACAAUUGCUAGUCUUAAUAAGAAUAACGUGCCUUCAUUCUGUUAUUUACGCCUAUUUUAUACAAUUUAUUACUACCAACAUUAUUUACUUAUUUUAACAUCCUUUUAAAGUUUAUUGUCAAACAUUGCCAUGUAAUAAAAAAUUAUAUUAUAUAA